AUGCUGGCCAUGCUGGCGCGCCGCAAGUUCCCCAGCGGGCUCCACAUGCCCCAAAUCAACGGAGAGGCGGCAUCGUUCAAAUACGACAAGGCGAAGACGAAGCAAAUGCGACGGCAACCUGAGCUGACCAUGCCGCCCAAAGGACCCAUUAUGCCUCCAGGCCACCAUCCCCAAGCAGCCAUGAACCAGGCCGCCAUGGCGCAGCAUCACCCUCCUGGUCAGGCCCUUACGAGCGAAUUGGCCAAGCGCCGAAGCCGAAAGCCCACCGACAAGACGUUACCCGAUGGUGUCGAGGACUGCAUCACGGAUGCCGAGGUCGCCCAGCGAUACAAGGAGUUACGCGACUUUGAACGCCGGCUGGACGCAACCAUGACGCGCAAGCGACUGGACAUUGUUGAAACCGUUGGUCGCAAUGCAAAGCGCUACAAGACUCUUCGCGUUUGGAUCAGCAACACAGUCGAGGACCAGGUAUGGCAGGGAAGCGGUCUAAGUGUCGAUAGUUUCGACUUCACGCCGAGCGCCGAGCCUUCCUAUAGAGUUAAAAUUGAAGGCCGUCUGCUCGAGGAUGGACAGGAAGAUGCUCCCGAGGAAUCUACGCAGAACGCGGAUCGCAUGGAAGAAGACGGCCCCGCCAGCUCGAGGCGACAAAGCUUCGCGCCUACGGCCCAGAAACAGCGUUUCUCUCAUUUCUUCAAAGCGCUGAAUGUCGAUUUUGAUCGUACUCGCUCGAGGGCUGCGUCGGAUCAAACCGUUGAAUGGAAGAAGCCAGCUGCACCGAACGCUGCAGCCGGCGCAGAAUUCGACGAGUUCACCUUCAAACGCAGCGGGGACGAAAACAUGAAUAUCACCAUCAACCUGCAUCGCCAGGAAGACCCCGAGCGAUACCUGCUCAGCCCCGAGCUGGCUGACAUUGUAGACAUGACGGAGGCUUCUCGCCAAGAGGCCGUUCUGGCUGUCUGGGAGUACAUCAAGAUGAUGGGUCUGCAGGAGGACGAGGAGAAGCGCAACUUCCGCUGCGAUGAGCUCCUGAAAAAGAUCGUCAACGGUAGUGAUGUUGGAAUCAUCCCCAACCUGAACGACUACAUCCAGCCUCACCUCUCACCGCUGCCUCCCGUCAGUUUGCCGUAUACCGUUCGGGUUGACGAGGAAUUCCACAAAGACCCCCAGCCUACAAUUUAUGAUGUGCGGGUAGCGGUCGAUGACCCUCUGAGGGCCAGACUGGUGCCCUUUGUAACGAACCCUGCGUAUGCGAGCGCCCUUAAGGAGGUUGUCGCCAUGGACGAGCAGCUAGCGACGUUAAUUUCGGCAGUCGCUAACUCCAAAGCAAAGCACUCGUUCUUCACGUCAAUGAGCCAAGAUCCCACCAACUUUGUGAGGAACUGGAUGAGUUCGCAGAAGCGGGAUCUUGAGGUGAUUAUGGGCGAGGCCACAAGAGGAGGCGGUGAAGAUGCCACCGGAGACGACUGGAGACGGGGCGGUAAGGAUAGCGUGUGGACAUCUUCAAAUGCGCGCGAGAGCAUUAGCGUCAUGCUGGCCAAGCAGCCGACGCAGGCUUCGAGGUAA